UCGUUGAAUUGGAGGUAAAUUUCAAACUUGAAAAGCAAAAUGGCGUACUCAACACAGGAGAUAUCUGAGAAUGUGAAGCAAGCCAGGGAGAAUGCACUGGUUGGCAACUAUGAUGAGUCCCAUGUCUGCUACGCUGGAGCCAUUGAGGCCGUAAAAAAGAUGUUCAAGACCACACCUGACCUUGACAUGAAACAAAAGUGGAAACAGUGUCUGAGCAUGCUGACUGAUGAGCUAGAGCUGGUCAAAUCUCUUACGUCUACACUGGGAAGUUUCAAAGAGGAACCUGGUGUUGCUGCCGGUGGAGGAGGGCGGGGCUCAGAGCCAUCACAUGACAAGGACGUCUGGCAACCACCCGCACCACAGGAACCAAGCCGUCCCCAGAGAGGUGGUAGACCCCCUCGGCAACCAGUGGGUGGAGCCAGGAAGCCUGUGUCUCAAAGCGGUGCUGCACCCAAGAAUUCAAAGGUCAUAGAUAGUCGUUCCAGAGGAGGUGGGGCAGGGGCCGGACGGAGGAACGUGUCAGCAGCAGGGGGAGGGGCCAAGAAGGGAGCUCCUCAGUCCAAAAAGGACAAAAGUGAUGCUGAUGACAAGCCGGUGAGUCAUGAUGAUAAGGAGAUGAAGCCUCGGUUUGAAUCUGCUGGGUAUGACAAGGAUCUGGUGGAGGCUCUAGAGAGAGACAUUAUUCAAACCAAUCCCAAUGUCAAAUGGGAGGACAUAGCUGGUCUAAAGGAGGCCAAGAGGUUGCUAGAAGAAGCCGUGGUCCUGCCUCUAUGGAUGCCAGACUACUUCACGGGAAUCAGACGACCAUGGAAGGGUGUUCUAAUGGUGGGUCCCCCUGGUACUGGCAAGACUCUGCUGGCUAAGGCCGUGGCCACCGAGUGUGGAACAACAUUCUUCAAUGUCACCUCCUCUACUCUCACCUCGAAGUAUCGUGGGGAGUCAGAGAAACUCGUCAGAUUGCUUUUUGAGAUGGCCCGCUUCUAUGCUCCUAGCACAAUCUUCAUUGAUGAGAUAGACUCCCUGGGUAGUAAGAGAGGCAGUGACAGUGAACACGAGGCAAGUAGGAGAGUCAAGUCCGAGCUACUCGUGCAGAUGGACGGUGUUGGUGGAGCAGUGGGCGGUGAUGACAGCUCUAAGAUGGUCAUUGUGUUGGCUGCCACUAACUUCCCCUGGGACAUCGACGAGGCUCUCAGGAGACGACUGGAGAAACGCAUCUACAUUCCUCUGCCUAGUCUUCAGGGUCGCCAGGCCCUGCUGGACAUCAACCUGAAGGAGGUGAAACUGGCAGGGGAUGUGAACACUGAAGAGAUAGGCAAGCUCUGUGAGGGGUACAGUGGGGCUGACAUCACCAAUGUCUGCAGAGAUGCUUCCAUGAUGGCAAUGCGUCGGCUCAUUGAGGGCAAGACUCCUGAUGAGAUCAAGAACUUAGCCAAGGAGCAGUUGGAACUGCCCACCACCAACGAAGAUUUCCACACCGCUCUCAAGAAAUGCUCAAAGUCUGUCUCCGCUAGUGACUUGGAGAAAUAUGUCACAUGGAUGAAUGAGUUUGGAUCUGUGUAGCUAUAGAGUCCUGAGGCUGUGUUGUGACUUGACUUGACUCUAUGCACGUUGCCUUUAGUGUGUUUGUGCAAUUUAUAUACUGUAGUGUAGAUCUACACUGUUUUUGUUUCAGUCUUGAA